CUUGUCGCUGUAUAGAGAAUAAGGACACCCCAUACUUGAAGUGCUAUGGCGGACAAGACUUAGGCUUAAGCUCGACUGGCUUAAAGAAAAUGGGAGCGAUACUACAUACCAUUGGCGUUGACGUCAAACCUUGGUUAAGGGUUCGCAUGUAAUUCCAGCGAUUCCUGCAACAUCAGACCGAGUGGAGUCAGAUUGCCUUCACUAACGUGUCAGCACGGGGUUUAUAUCAAAAUGGCUUCGUACAAAGACAUUCUAAAGGAAAAGGAUAACCAGAACUGGUUAAAAGGAUCCCUCGCCCUCAGAAUCACCAAGGCCGGACUACGAGGCCUCGUUGAAGGGGAAUCGCAUCGCGUUCAGCAAAAUAUCCACUCUUCAGUCCUCCAUGUCAGGCACCUCGCUGCUGGAACAACAUGCAGCCUUUGUCUGACAGAACAUGUCUUGCCUUGUCCAACAAGAGGACUCUGCUCACAUCCGCGCAACUGCAAAUACCACAACACUCCAUUUAAGAUACACCGACCUUGCCUCUUACAGAUAUGUGAUGAUUUUCGUGAUGAAAUAUGUGCUGUCCACAGAUAUAGUGGACCAUCAUGGAAGAAUACCAAAGCCAACCAAUGGUGUACGAACCAUUGGCAAGUAGCCAAAUGCUUUAUGCCACCUGACGGCUAUGACGAAGUGACGUCAUACGACGAGACAGACUUCAAUGGUAUCAUUAGCGUUAUGAUCAACUGUACAGAGUUCCAACAGCGUAUGUCAUUCCCUAUUGGCAACCAACCCAACCUAUUAACUGAGGCACGUGUGAUAGGCCGCAAUAUUCGCCAUUCCCCGGAUCUGAGGUUGACAGACACAGACCUAGCUGACUACUUCGCCACUCUGAAUACGCUUCUGACAGACUCUACAUUUCUGGCCAGUGACAUGGAUGCCCAGCAAGCUGUUCUUAAACUGCAACAGCUUAAAAACGGCACCCUUCCAAUAACGACUGAAGAAGCACGUGAACUACUAGAAGAAGCUAGAGCGACGGUAGUAACUGGCAUAGAAUCUGGCAGACGUCAGUUAGGGGAGUCUACGGAAACAGGAAAGAAAGAUAUAGAAGGCGUUGUGUUGCAGGGUAAGACUGCCAUGGCAGCUGGAACACGUCAGUUAGCGGAGGCUGCGGAAACAGGAAAGAAAGAUAUAGAAGGCGUUGUGUUGCAGGGUAAGACUGCCAUGGCAGCUGGAACACGUCAGUUAGCGGAGGCUGCGGAAACAGGAAAGAAAGAUAUAGAAGGCGUUGUGUUGCAGGGUAAGACUGCCAUGGAAGCUGGAACACGUCAGUUAGUGGAGGCUGCGGACACAGGAAAGAAAGAUAUAGAAGGCAUUGUGUCGCAGGGGAAGCUUCAACUCGAAGAUGCAAUAAAAACAGGAAAUAGCAAACUGGAAGGCGUUGUGACGCAGGGGAAGCUUCAUUUAGAAGAUGCAAUGACAACUGCUAGGGUAGUCACGGAGAGAGGGAAACUCGAGAUUGAAGACGCAGUGGCAAAGAGUAGAGACACUGUUCAAGUUAGUAAACAGGAGUUGGAAGAGGCCUUGCAAAAGAUAAAAGCUGUUUCUACCCUGUCAGAGGCGGAACAAAGAGAAGAUCUACGUCAACGGCUAGUCAAGUAUUACCAGAAGCAGCUCAACAGCGCGCCCAUAUCGCCCCUGCUGUCGGACAAGGACGAGAGACUGGACAAGUUUUACGUUCCACCAAAGAUCGAGGAGAAAGACCACAGAAGACUUGGAGACGAUCAACAACAAAAUGGUUCUCCUAUUUCCUCUUACAAACAGAUUUUCUGUAAAGAAAAGGGUUUGGCCAACACCGUUUUCGUAGUUGGUGAGGCGGGUAUGGGGAAAUCCUCAUUUUCCGCUAUGUGCACCAUAAAGUGGGCAGCACAGUUCUCCGUGUCGUGUAGAGACGCUGGAGGAAGGGGUUUAGAUCAAGAUGGAGAAGAGAAGACUUCUCUUAAACGGCCGCUAUUGAACAAAAAAGGUUUAAAUCAGAUAAUUGUGAGGAACUGGUUUAAUCGCAACUCUUUUGUAAUUAGAAAAUAUAAUGUUCAAAGAGAAUUUCAAGAAUUAUACUAUUCAUUGUCUGAUGAUGAUCAAUCGUUUGUAAGAUCUCAUGAGGAGGAAUUUUGUAAAUUAUUGUCACAACCCAAGUAUGAUCUUUUUCAAGAUGAGGACACUCUUAGAGACAUCGAGUUUAUGUUUCACAUUAAAUUGCGGGACUGCUCUGAAUCCUGUGAACUGUCAGACAUGAUUCGAGAUCAGCUGAUCAACAUUAUUUAUCGUCCAGAUGAGAUGGCCGCUGGCUACGGCACUAUGAUAAGUGUGUUGUCAAACCGAAAGUGCGUCGUCAUAGUAGAUGGGCUGGAUGAAUGGUCGCAUCCUACUGAAACAAAGUGUUCAUGUUCGUUAGAAGACAAAGUUAUCCCGCAUUUAUCGCAAACGUUAGAUGCAACUGUGUUGAUUACAUCGAGACCCUGGCGAUUGUCCCAAAACCGCGUUAAAGACACCAAAAUAGGCAAAUACCUUGAAAUAAAGGGAGUAGCUAGCACACCGCUAUUAGUUCAGAAAACGCUGGAUUGCCUUAAUGAAAAAGUAGCAGACAAGAGAUUAUGUCUUGAUUUUAUCCGAUUUGUCGCCAGAAGAAGACUGGUGCCUCUACUCUCAGUUCCUAUCAUUGUAUUGUUGCUAGUUUGUCUGUGGUUCGAGGGAGUACAUGAAUCAUUUUCUUUUUGUGACAUAUACGCAUACAUGAUGGACAUGAUGUUUGGGAGAAAAUCGCUUCCUGUGCUUAGUGUUUCGCCCGAAUGCACUCCGUUGCUAAAAUGUUUUAAGCAAACUAAACAUGUACAAAACUACUACAAUAUUGUAUUGAAGCUGGCACAUCUUGCAUUCGAGAAAUUGUUUUCGAGGGAUCGAAAGUCAUCCCUUGUGUUUCAAAAUGUUGACUGUUUGACACAAGAGGAGCUCCUGUUCGUUCUGAAAUCGGGUAUCAUGCGAGAAACAAAGUCGCAAUCUUUAAUUAGAAAAUCAUCGAGUUUCUCUUUUAUCCACAAAACUGUACAGGAAUUCCUUGCUGCAGUGCACAGUUAUCAUGCAGCAGUUCAUGAAGAUGUUCAGGAGUUUUUACCUAUCGUUUACCCAUUAAAGGACAGUUCAGUGGCUGAUGUAUCGCAUGUGUUUUUGUUCAUGUGCGGUAUAAACAGAGAAGUUGCACAAUAUAUGUCUGCAAUGAUGUCAAAUGCUGUAAGUGAAAAAUGUGCCACAUGGAUGUACGACACUUGGGGUAAGACAGUACAACAAGCACUUUGUGCUGGUUAUAGAGAGGCAUUGGCCAACAAUGUACAGAAUAUUCAACUGGAACUAAUGUGCCUUUAUAUUGAUUCUAAUACUAGAGAUUGGUCAACCUUAAAAACCUUGAUAUCGAUGAACAAGUCUCAGCUACGUCAUAUAACUAUCUGGGGACAUGAGGAUGAGUUCAGCGAGGAGGAGCUCCAGGCGUUGUUUAUCAGCUCAAAGAACACUCUCACCCAUGUGGAAAUACGUCGCCAUGAUGGACCGUAUGACCUUUCUGCGUGCUGCCGUCUACAAUAUUUGACAAUAUACGGGCCCUAUCCAUCCAAUAUCACGAUUAAUACGAAUAGUUGAGUUGAGUUGGAGUUAGAUUGUGUUUCGGAAAAGGUUGAAAGAAGUAUUUUACAAUCAUUAGAACAAAAAUGUGAUCAAUUAAUGAAGUUCACCAUUUGGCGUAUCAAGAACAUUAGCUUAUUUUGUAAGACACUUACCCAGCUGAAUCAUUUGAAACAAAUAACGAUAAUAAGUACAACCCUCGAUGAUCACCCGCUACUCCUCCCACCCUCUGUCACCGAUGUUACCCUGAAGUGGGUGACAAUGUCCGCGCGGUGCUUGAGGGAGCUGGUAGAGAGGGUGGAGAACUACUCUCACCCUGUGAAGUGCUGUAUUGACGAGUGCACUGUGGAACCGAUCAAGGAUUAUAAAGACAUCAAACGGGACACUCGAUCGAGUAAAAACAUUACGUUUUGUCGAGUAAAAACUACGUUUUGUCGAUGCUGAAUUAUUUGUAUUUGGUAAUAGACAUUGAUUCUAAAGAAAUGGGAUAAUUGUUUAGUCAAGUGAGAUAACAAAUUCAUGCCGCAUCCACAAGUGAAAAUAUGAUCAUUGUAUAGUAUGCUUAACAUUUUUUGUUAGAUGGUAUUUUACGGCAUAAGUGCACUGAAGUCCUGAUGACUUCAAACCAUAACGGAAAUGACGUCAUUGACAAGCUUUGUGUGCCCGUUGGUUGGACUAACCCUGCAGUACGGUCAAAGGAAUCCAUUGUAUAAUACUGUGUAACGCUGUUAGACUAUGAAUAAUUUCAUAAAGAAUGAAAUAUUCAACCUGAUAAGCAGAGUAUUCAGUGUUUUACAUAAUGUCAACUAAAGACCGUUUUAAGGGUUUUUCUCCCUAUAUUUUAAAGACGCACAAUCUAGGUUGAUGCAAUUUAUUGUUAACUUUAAUGCAUUGAAGUGUUUAACUCAUUUGACUUAAAUGACCAAGACAGUUUAAAGCCUUUAUGUUUUAGAUACAGCUAACAUAUUAGCAACAUGUAGGUGAUUUCGUAUCUGGGAAUUUGUUGCCACGUAGCCAUUAUUUUUUUGUAUUAAUAAUGGAUUUAUUUACUUCUUUUUUUAGGGGGGGGGGGCGGCUGGGGGGUUAAGAGGAGUCAUAUUUGAUUUAUGUACAUUUCGAUAGGUUAACAUAACUAAAAGAUACUGGGUCUGGUACUGUGUACAUUCAGGAUAUGUGUGGUAACAUUUAGAUAGAUUAAUGAAUAUUUCUAUAAUUUCUAAAGCAGUGAAAACUUCUUGUAGUUCUAAUAUGAAAAAAAAUCUUUCUUAUUUUAUUAUAUAUAUGUGUGGUAACAUUUAGAUAAAUUAAUGAAUAUAACUUUUAUAUAAUCAAUUGAAAACAUUGAAAAUUUACUUCAGCUGCUUCUGUAAUAGGGGCCCUGUUGUACUUUUAACAUUCCUGUCAAUAUAGUACAGUUUAUUUAUUCAAACAUGAUUGUAUUCUUGCUGAUUGUUGUGUAUACACUAAUGUGAAUUUUGUUUGAAUAUACUAUAAUUAUGCUCUGUUUUUAUAAUAAAUACCAUAACACUUGUUAUAAAUAGUA